GGCCGCGAACCUCCGCCGAAGAACGGUCCCCCAUCGUCCGGAUCGACGGACAGUCUGGGAUCUGUACCUAUCCGCGACCCGCGACAGAGGUAUCUUCGAUCUCGAGGAAAGAGGGACUUAGGGGUGCGAAAUCGGAUCGGCCGAUCUUUCUUCUUUUUUCUUCAUCCCCCUCCCCUGCGCGACUCCGCGGAUCUACGAGACGACGAUUACCAAUGUGUGAAAUCGGAAGCGAGGCGGGGUUCAAGGAACGAGAAUGAGGACGAUUCUGCAUGCGUAUUGCGACUUCUGUAUCGAGCACCUCCUCGGCGAAUAAACCGACGUGUGGAGUAGACAUGUGGAAGUGCUGGGCCCUGUUUCUGUGCGUCGCAGGUUUAUCCUCGGCCGUUUUGGAGUCGCCAAACUUUGACAUUAGUCCUCUGGCUAAUCAGUCUAUAAUACUGCGACAGCAUGAACCCGUGAGACGAUUCGCGUGUCCCGUGGGAUUCUUUCGAUUGAAACGAUUCUGUUAUUAUCUGAGCGCCGGCACGGCAUCAUGGAGAGAUGCGUACUUUCACUGCAAGGACAGAAAUGCCACUCUGGCAAUAUUGGACAGAAAUGGAAAGGACAAGAUGCUGAGGAAGUAUCUGAUGGGGGAGCAGUUUACGAAAUUGGAGCGAUGGAUCGGCGGGAUCUUCAACUGGCAACAGAUGGCCUGGGAGUGGGGUGUAACAGGUGAAAAGAUGGUUUUCCAAAGUUUCGGGAAAAUGGAACUCGGUGGGAGAUCCAAGAAGUACGCGUGGCAUUGCAUCAUAAUGGAUCCCACGUUGAAAUAUAAGUGGAGUGCAAGGAGUUGUAUGGAACGGAAGCAUUACGUAUGCGAAGUGCCCGCCGGUCGUUUAGCCAGGAGACGCAAAAAGUCGCAAGAUCCCUUCGAGCCGCAAAACCAAAGAUUAAAGCCCAGACGGAAGGGCAAGAAGUACUCGGACGAGCAGAGGAAACAGGGCGAAAAGAAGAAGAAUCGGUCGAAUAUGAGAAGAAAUUGGUUGAAUCGAGAAGAAAAUCAACAAUGGGCCCAUGGCAUCAAACUGGGAUCACGACCACCUUCUAAUGUGAAGAUGAUGCAGCCCAGAGAGCACACGCGGCAUCGUGCGAACAGAACCCGUUUGCAACCAAGUGCGCCGAGGGUUGCCCAAGUAGUGCCCCGAGGACGGGAGUACGGCGCUUUUCUAGCCAACGGUUACAAUGGCUACCAGGCCCAGAAUUUAGCGGAUAUAAACGACGUUCUCUCGUUUCAUAAUAAAAUAAACGACUUAGCGCGAGAGGAGGUUUUGUUGAAGCCGUAAAAGAAAAACUCGAAUAAUUAUAUCAAUAAUUAAUUAUAAUUACAGCCUUACUACUGCUCUGUUACAAUAAUAUAAGCAGCUAAGAGGAAAACUAUUCGAAAGUCUUUUUUUUAACUUUUACUACAACGACACAGUACUGAACUGCCAACAUUAUUUUACUACAACACAUAUAUAUUAUUUAUGGCUGUUAUUGUUGUAUUAAUUUUGUAGGAUCGUGAAAAAUUAUUGCGAUUAAAAUUAACCUCGAAAUAAAUUCCUUGAGGUUCUUCUGAAUAUUCAAAGUUUGUGAAUGUAAAUUCUACUGAUGUACUCUAAUUAAUGAUGAUCCGAGUAUUGUAGCCAUUCAAUACUGUUACUGACAUCUAAAUAUUCUCUGUGUACUUAUCUAUAUCGUAAUAUCACUACAGAAAAUUAAUCAUCGUCUCUCUAUAUCUGUCUUCCUCUGGUUCAGUGAUUAUUUUGCUGAGCAAUGUCUCGCAUAAUUAAUUAAUUGUAACGCGUAAGUAAUCCGUAAUAAUGUAAGUGAUAAAAGAAUUUCACAUUCGACGCUUGCCAUUGUUUCGCGCGGCCAGAUCGCGAAUGAAGUAAGCAAUUAUGAGCUAUCACUCAAUAAUUAAUUAAAUUAUACUAGCGAUAUUCAUUUCAUGCUAAUCAUAGUGCGUAGUUUUUAUAAAUGAAUUGCAGUCAGUCAGUCAAAAAGCAAGACAAAACUGUUUUAUUAAGUAUCUUAAUUUUUUUGAUCCACUCUUGUGUUCGUUAUUUUUUUUUUCAUUGCUUCGUCUGUAAAUAUAUCAAUAUAGGACCAUCAAAAUAUACUUUCUGUAUUUAACGAUAUACAAUAAAGUACUGAUACACCAA